UUUGAUUGACCGGCCAUUCAACUUGUGAACCCUGCACACUCACUCACAGCCUGACAAUAAAGACAAAGAGCUUCAACCAUCGAAAACCACAUUUCUAUAUUUCCACUUUCAACAACCAAAAGAAAUAUCGCCACCAAAGCUAUGGACUAGCCCAAGCUCCUCUUCUCCUCCUCCUCCGUAUUUUCUCUUAGUAAACAUCCCCAGCACUGACCUCCAAUGGCCUCACUCUCCGGUCUCUGCUCCUCGUCUCCAUCUCUCAAAACAAAAACUUCUCUUCUUAAAACAGCUCUCAACUCUGCUCCUCUUAAAACCUCACUCGCAUUUCCACCUCGCACUUCCCGAUUUACCCCUGCACAGUCAAUCGCGCGCGAGAUUUCCGCUGAUUUAUCCAAAACAAACUAUAAAUUAUCGGUCAAACCGGAGCAAGGACUAGAGAAAGAUCCAAACAGUCUAUGGAGAAGAUACACGGAGUGGCUGUACCAGCACAAGGAGUUAGGGCUUUAUUUGGAUGUGAGUCGGAUCGGGUUCACGGACAACUUUGUAGAAGAGAUGGAUCCCCGCUUUCAAAAGGCGUUUAAGGAUAUGGAAGAACUUGAGAAAGGUGCAAUUGCGAAUCCUGAUGAAGGGAGAAUGGUUGGUCAUUAUUGGUUGAGGAAUCCGGGUCUUGCUCCUAAAGCUUUUUUGAAACAACAGAUUGAUAAAGCUCUCGACGCCGUUUGUCAGUUUGCUGGCGACGUCGUCAGUGGUAAGAUUAAGCCCCCGAAUUCACCAGAAGGCCGUUUUACUCAAAUACUUUCUGUAGGUAUUGGAGGUUCAGCUCUUGGACCACAAUUUGUUGCCGAGGCUCUUGCGCCUGAUAAUCCUCCUCUCAAGAUAAGAUUUAUUGAUAAUACGGAUCCAGCUGGAAUUGAUCAUCAGAUUGCUCAGCUUGGUCCUGAGCUUUCUUCUACUCUUGUGAUAGUGAUUUCUAAGAGUGGAGGUACCCCUGAAACUAGAAAUGGUUUAUUGGAAGUUCAGAAGGCCUUUCGUGAAGCUGGCCUGGAGUUUGCAAAACAGGGAGUUGCUAUAACGCAAGAAAAUUCAUUACUAGACAACACUGCAAGAAUUGAAGGAUGGUUAGCUAGAUUCCCCAUGUUUGACUGGGUUGGUGGGAGGACAUCUGAAAUGUCUGCAGUGGGCCUUCUUCCAGCAGCACUUCAGGGGAUUGACAUUAGGGAAAUGCUUGCUGGCGCGUCACUGAUGGAUGAGGCAAAUAGAACCACAGUGCUUAGAAAUAAUCCUGCAGCUAUGCUAGCUUUAUGCUGGUACUGGGCCUCUGAUGGGAUAGGAUCCAAGGACAUGGUCGUCCUUCCUUAUAAGGACAGUCUGUUACUAUUUAGUAGGUAUUUACAGCAACUAGUCAUGGAAUCACUUGGGAAGGAGUUUGACCUGGAUGGUAAUCGGGUGAAUCAGGGACUUACAGUAUAUGGAAAUAAAGGGAGCACAGAUCAGCACGCCUACAUUCAACAACUAAGAGAGGGUGUACACAAUUUCUUUGUGACGUUCAUUGAAGUGCUGCGUGAUAGACCUCCUGGUCAUGAUUGGGAGCUCGAACCAGGUGUCACAUGUGGUGACUACCUAUUUGGAAUGCUACAGGGAACUAGGUCUGCAUUGUAUGCUAAUGAUAGGGAGUCCAUAACUGUUACAGUGCAAGAAGUGACACCUAGAACUGUGGGGGCCCUUGUUGCACUUUAUGAGCGAGCGGUUGGAAUUUAUGCAUCACUGGUCAAUAUCAAUGCUUAUCAUCAACCCGGUGUAGAAGCUGGGAAAAAGGCUGCAGGGGAAGUAUUAGCUCUUCAGAAGCGUGUGUUAGCAGUGCUUAAUGAGGCAAGUUGUAAAGAGCCUGUUGAACCUUUGACACUUGAAGAAGUAGCUGAACGUUGCCAUGCAGAAGAAGAUAUUGAAAUGAUAUACAAGAUUAUACUGCACAUGGCUGCCAAUGAUAGAGCACUAAUUGCCGAAGGUAAUUGUGGUUCACCACGCAGCAUCAAAGUGUUCCUUGGGGAGUGUAAUGUUGAAGCAUCAUAUGCUUGAGUUCGAAUUACGAAACUCAGCAAGAUGAUUGUGUUCCUUUUAGACAAAGGAAGCUCCAAUAAGCUGAUUUUGACCUUGUAUUACAUGAACUGGAAUUUUCAUUUGUUUCCCCUUUGGAUACACAUCAGAAAUAAAUUUUCAUUUACUUGUUUGUCAA